GGCGCUCCAUGCGCUCCACAAACCUUUCCAUGUUGCCAUCCAGUGCACCGACCAACCGCGCAUUUGGAACAGAACGCUCGCUCCGCACAGAGUCUUGUGCAGUUCGCGACAGCUGGCUUUUGAACUGACAUCAGAUAGUCCACCAAUCAAAGUUGCAAAUGGUGAAUUCACUAUUGAAUUGGAACCAGUAGUCCGAUACGAUUGUACAGGUAGCCUACUUGAAAAUUGCGCAUUGUUCUUCAAGAUCUGCAAAGUUGCAGCUACAUCAGUGGUCCUCAGCUCCAGACAUGGGUGUGAAGGUGCUCCAGUGCUUCCCCUGGUACAGACGCUGUAAAGAGCGAUGCAAGGCUAAACAGUGCCCCCCACCUGCAGUCCCCAGUGAGGAGAUGAAGCCCCGCCUGUCGUCCACAGUGUCGUGUGGUAGCGAGGGCGAGAGCAGCAGCAGUCUGAGUGGCUCCCAGAUCUACUUCUCCACCAAGGCUCGCCUCUCCUUCAGACACCAGAUGGACAGCAACUUCAACGCAGUGGAUGCCACCUGCUGAAUAGAUCAGCCCCGACGUGCCGAGUAGUCUUCAUUAGGCAUCAAACGGAAGAAAAAGGACUGAAAUAGGGAGGGAAUACCUGGGCUUGUCCGAUAAGAAGCGCUUCCGUUGUGAAACAUUUUUGCUACGGUGUACCCUAAUGAAUACCAGCCUGGUUUACAGUGCUGGGAAUGACACUUUAGUUUCUACUGAGGCAUCCCUCCUGUCAUCAUCACCAUUGCCCAAAAAUGAACUCUUGCCCCUCCACUAUGAUAUCCAUUAUUAUAGCUCAACAGAACAUAGAAUGUAAAGUACUGAGACUUGAUCUACUCAGUGGUACCUACGUACUCAACGUUCGUUCUCAACUCACCCGUCAGAAGUGACUGUAAAGGAUGGAUAUAUCACAGUAGAUUGAGUUCUUCACUAGAGAAAUGCAGAAUGCACUGCUGGUGUGGCUAGUAGAGAUGGAAAAAUGUUUACUACAUCAUUACCAACCAAGUUGGGGGGGGCAGUUUAAAGACCACAACUGCAAAUUCAAGUCUUUAAAAUACUAGCUGUUGAAUACAACAAGACAGUUUGGAACUCCCAACUUUAAACACAGGCUUUUUUGUUUUUAUCCUAACACUAUCCUAACUUGCUGAGAAAAACAUGGUAACUAGAUUUUGAUUGGUUUGGCUGAUGAAGAUACUAAUGAGUUUGUGCCUUUUUACUUACCUUUUGAACAUUUCCUCAAUUAAAUUCAGUUUGGUGCUGGCUGUCUUCUUCUAGUGCCCUUUCCAACUGGCUGCUUGGAUUGCAUCUACACUUGAUUCAUAUCUAGAAAUGUUAACCGGCAGCUCCUCCAGCUUACGUGCAGCUCUUUACUUCUGAUGGCAUCUUAUGGGGAGCAUCAGUGAAUGGAGGAGAAAGAAGAGUCGUAUAAGCACAGUGCUGAGUUCCUGCUGCUGCGGGGUCGCUCCCUGGGGGUGUCUCCGGAGUAUAGCACCACCGCUGGGGAGUGCCUGUCCCGGGCCGUGAAGCUGGAGCCUGGACUAGUGGAGGGCUGGAACACACUGGGGGAGCAGUACUGGAAGAAAGGAGACCUGACCACCGCUAAGACCUGCUUCACUGGAGCCCUGCAGCAGAGUAAGAACAAAGUAUCUCUGCGUAGUCUGUCCAUGGUGCUGAGGCAGCUGCCAGGAGGGGGCGGUGAUGAGCAGGGGAAGAGGGUGCUGGAGAGCGUGGCCAUGGCCAGGCAGGCUGUACAGUUGGACGUCACCGACGGCACCUCCUGGUACAUCCUGGGGAACGCCUACAUCUCCCUGUUCUUCACCUGCAGACAGAAUCCACAAAUGUCUCAGCAGGCUCUGAGUGCCUAUGCACAGGCUGAGAAAGUGGACCGAACAGCAACCUCCAACCCCGAUCUGCACUUCAAUAGAGCCACGCUGUUUCAGUAUGAGGAGAUGUUUGGGUCUGCCCUGGGCGGGUACAGUCGCGCUGCGGCCCUGGACCCUGCGUGGGAGGAGCCUCCAGAGAGGGAGAGGCAGCUGCUGGAAUACCUGGAGAAACUCACAACACUCACAGAGAACAAGGGGAAGGUGAAGGCCCGGCGCCUGCGAACAAUGCUCUCCAACCUCAGCCCGUUGGCCCUGGGGCCAUGCUCCUCCCCUCAGUUCCGCUCCCCCGCAGGCCGCGUUGGGAGCCUGGAGCCCCGGACCCUGUCUUCCCUGACACACGGCCACAACGCUGGGGUGGCUGCCCUGGGAAAGGUUGUGUUCAGCUUGGCCUCAGAGGGACGCAUGGCCUUUACUUUCGGCAUGGUGGACAGUGAGGAAACAUGCUGCGUGGUCAUGGUCUAUAACACAGCAGACAACUGGGGAGUUCUGAUUGGAGACUCUGUGGUCAUCCUGGAGCCACAGGUCAAACGCCACAGUGUAGCACACAACGACCAGACGUUUGACUUCCGCAGUAUACGAGUGGACUCCCCUCUGCUCCUCAUCGUCAACGGCAAGAGACAGAACGUCCAGGCUCAGACUGCAGCCUCAGUCAGCUACAAACCCCAGAGCGAAUGAGGGAAGGGGGUGAUAGA